AUGGCCGCUCAGCCGGCGGACCCGUCGAUGGAGACUACCGCCCCCCAGGCUUCCAUCACCAGGGAGCGGAAGCUCAACGUCAGCCUGCAGGAUGAGCUCCCAAAGCCACGUAGGGUUCUCUCCCUUUCCCUUUCGAAAAUUUCGUUCUUGGCUUGGCCAUACUGUUGCUCCAGUGUUCCUAGACAUUUCAUGGUUUGGCCUCUAGUGGGGGUUUCCCUACGGCGAUGCUGAUGCUGAUGCUGAUGCUCUUGGCGUCGGCGGUUGCGGCGGUGCCCCGGCCUGCAGAUCUGGCGAGGGCGCAGGCGGCGGUGGACAAGUUCCAUCCGAAGGGGACGGAGGGGCGGGAAACCCGGGGGAUGAGCGUCCUACAGCGGCAUGCCUCCUUCGACCGCAACAAGGACGGCGUCAUCUAACCCUGGGAGACCUACCAAGGUACGAAAGUUCAUCCCUCAUGGAUCCGCCACCGUACCUUCUCCCGUCUCUUCUUUAGACGACGGCGCCUCUCCCUGUCUCUGUCUCUGUCUCUCUAAAGUCAGCAUCUUGUCAUGUAAACAAUGAUAGUCGCAGCGCUGCUCGGUUGUUUAGUGUUUGUAAUGGUCGCGCAGGCCUUCGAGCGAUCGGCUGCAACUUCUUCUUCUCCAUCAUGUCCGCGUUCUUGAUCAAUUUUGGCCUGAGUUACACUACCCAACCGGUAAGACCUUGGCAAAUCCACCUAAAUAUACUCCAUACUGGGGAUCCGACUCCCUCUUGUUGUCGCAUUGAUAUGAGCUAGUUAAGUAAGAUUCAUCGUUUCCAUCAUGUCUGCAGCUUCCCAUUAUUUGUUUUAUUUGAUUUGGAUACUUUUUUCGAUUAUGUUGCAAAUCUGAGAUCAUUGAAUCAGAAGAACCCCCGCCGCACUUGAGCGUUUGAGUUUGGAAAAUUAACGAUAAUCUGCGAGUUUAAUGCAUACUUUAUGCCUUUUCCCGCAGGGAUGGCUGCGUUCUCCUCUUCUGUCGAUAAACAUCAGGAACAUCCACAGGUGCAAGCAUGGGAGCGACUCCGAGACAUACGACACCGAGGGAAGGUCAGGCCCCACCUCGUGGGCCAUUAUUGGCUCAUUUGGACAAAUGAACCAAUCGUGAUGACGUAUGUGGUGGCUGAUAAUCGGGUCCCCUUUUAUUUUAUUUUUUUCUAGAUUUGAGCCGUCCAAAUUUGAGGCCAUAUUCACCAAGUACGCCGCCACAAACCCCGACGCGCUGUCGAAGAGCGAGCUCGACACCAUGCUCAAGGCCAACCGUAAUUUUACGGACUUCAAUGGAUGGUCAGCGUUCAAUCACACGACAACUUUGGAUGGGUCAACGGGUCGGGCUUUCUGGCCGUAUUUUCUCCCGAGAAGAACGUAAUUAGUACAAAUUACUGGAUUGUUUUUGCAGGUUAGUGAGCUACCCCGAGUGGCAGCUUCUGUACGUACUGGGGGAAGGAGAGCACGGAUUCCUGCACAGGGAGACAGUAAGAGAGGUGUACGACGGUAGCCUGUUUGAGAAGCUGGAGAAGGCCGGGUCUUCUCUCUCUAAGAGGGCGUAG